AUGUACAAGGAUUUCUUAGUACAUUUAUUUGAACGAGUGAGGCCAGAGGUUGGAGAUCCUGGGAUCAACAUCAAUGGUAGCUGUUGGUACGAGAAGGAUACGGAAGACGUAGCACCCACGGAUUACGUAGGUCCUCCCUAUCAAUUGAAGGAUGAGCCAUUAAUUUCCGAAGACAAGCUUAAGCCUUACUAUAUUUCUCAUUGGGAACCAGAGUGCGAAUUCCCACUGGGAAGAAAUUUGAUCCCUGAAUCAAGAGAAACCUACCAAAAUGGAAGUGGGAUCUUGUACUUGAUCUUGGGGUAG